CCAAUUUGUGUGCAGUCCGAUCUCAUCUACACUAUGUGGAAGAUACUCUCUUAUCACUAAGCGUAAGGGUAAAAGGGUAAAAGGGUAAAGGGUAAAAGGGUAAAAUCAUGUUCUUCCUCCCCGAUGACUCCGGUAAAGGUCGUCGGGAAAAGACGGCCGAGUUGAAUCAAUUGAAAAAUCAAAAUCUCUAUCCACCUCCGUCCGAAGAUUGCGUAUUUGAGAAUAGAUAAAUGACGGCGACGGCGACGGUGAUGAAGAAGGCGGAGGAGCUGGUGGGUAAGGCGAUGAAAGGAAACGAUGCUUCUCAUGACGCCGCGCACGUGUGGAGGGUCCGAGACCUUGCUCUCUCUAUUGCUCGCGAGGAAGGUCUCUCUUCCAACUCCGACUCCAUGGAAAUUGUGGAGUUAGCUGCUCUUCUCCAUGAUAUAGGUGAUUACAAGUACAUAAGAGACCCUUCGGAAGCAAAACUUGUUGAGAAUUUCCUGGAUGAGGAAGGUAUAGAAGAGACCAAGAAGAUGAAGAUACUAACGAUCAUCAAUGGAAUGGGUUUCAUAGACGAGUUAGCUGGUGCAGCACUCUGCGAAUCUCUUCCAGAAUUUGGGGUAGUUCAAGAUGCUGAUCGCCUUGAUGCAAUUGGUGCCAUAGGAAUUGCUCGUUGCUUUACAUUUGGUGGAAGCAGGAACAGAGUGCUUCAUGAUCCUGACGUCAAGCCCCGGACCGAGCUAACCAAAGAGCAGUACGUUAAGAAGGAGGAGCAAACAACUAUUAAUCACUUUCAUGAGAAACUCCUCAAGCUAAAGCAACUGAUGAAAACCGAGGCGGGUAGAAGGAGGGCCGAGAAAAGGCACAAGUUUAUGGAAGAGUUUCUUAAGGAGUUCUAUGGAGAGUGGGACGGGUCAGCUUGAAAAGUUAAGAAUGAUCGAUGAUGCAUGAAGAAAAAAAGCAGAGGAUGUGUCGACCAGUUACUUAAUUUGAUUUAAAUCAGUCAGUUGUACCCGACCAAACCAACCAAUAUAUGUGGUUUACAUACCUCGUGAUAAGUUUACAUUUAUAAAUGUUAAAAUGCUUUGGUUUUUAAAAAUAAAAAUUAUAAAUGUGCUAAUAAUUAGGUUUUUCUUUA